UGCAAAACAUCUCCGCACUUCGUACGGAUCCGCAUAACCCUCUGUUCCAAGUGGGCCGAGAUGCGGGGUAGCCGGAAUUCCUAAUGGCUUGCGGAAGCCGGCGAUGGGUUCUGAUUCGAUGGUCCACUCACGUCAUCAGGGCUCUUAUGGUGCGAAUAUAUAUCGUCUCCGCGCCUGGUGCUCCGGCGUCUUACCCAGCUUCUCUCCCCCAGAUUGAUAUCCCGAGUGCAUAGUACACUAUAACUGUAUAAUAGCCCCUUUUGGACAACCCCACAAGAUGCCUCUCCCAGAACCAACCCUCGGCAAACUUCGGGCCAUCACCGAAUCGGCCUGCGCCGACCAGCAGACCGGGAUUCCCGGCGCGACGGUCGUGGUCAUAGACAAGGAUGGCAACGAGCUGUUUGCGCACUCGGCCGGGAAGCGAGGCCUCGCGUCGGACCAGCCCAUGUCUCUCGACAGCGUGUUCUGGAUCGCGUCGUGCACCAAGAUGCUGACAGGUGUCGCGUGCAUGCAGCUCGUGGAGCGGGGCCUGUUGAGACUGGACGACGGCGGCCAGCUCGAGGCCUUGUGCCCCGAGCUGGCGGACCUAAAGGUGCUGAGGCCGGAUGGGAGCUUCGAGGAGAAGAAGAGGCAGAUCACCCUCCGCAUGUUGCUGUCGCACACUGCUGGGUUUGGGUACACCUUCUUCAACGAAAGGUUGCGGGAUUGGAAUCUUCCUGUGGGCGCGGACGAGUUCUCAGGCCGCCUCGAGGAUAUGAUCCAGCCAUUGGUCUUCCAGCCCGGCGAAGGCUGGGAAUACGGGGUAAAUAUUGAUUGGGCGGGCAUCGCCGUUGAGAGAGUCACCGGAGUCUCACUCAAUGACUACAUGCAGGAGCAUAUCCUGCAGCCCCUUGGUCUCCACAACAUGUCCAUGAUUCCCACGGAGACGAUGAGGUCAAAUCUGGCGUACAUGCACUCCAGAGACAACGACGGCACCCUCAGGCCGAGAGAUCACCUCCUGCGGCAGCCACUCAUUGUCCGCAGCAAGGAGGAAAUCGCCAGAUGCUUCAACAGCGGUGGCGGCGGCAUGUUUGCAAAGCCGCAAGAGUAUUGCAAGAUUCUCGCAGUCCUCCUCAACGACGGCACCUGCCCCCGCACCGGCGUGCAGCUCCUCGGCAAGGACACAGUCGACGAGAUGUUCCGGAACCAGAUCGCGGACUUCCCCGACUUCGGCCGGCAGGCCAUCCCCGCGGCGAAGCCGGACCUGACCAACGCCAUCCCGGAGCUGUACCCCGUGGAGGGCCGGCCGCCGCAGGGUUGGGGUCUUACCUUCAUGAUCUCCGGCGGAGGGGGCACAGGCCGCUCCAAGGGGACUGUCCACUGGGCUGGGCUGCCGAAUCUGUGGUGGUGGUGCGACAGGGAGAAGGGAGUUGCUGGUAUGAUUUCCACGCAGAUUUUGCCUUUUGCUGACGCGAAGGUCUUGGGGCUGUGGGUGGAUGUUGAGGCGGAGGUGUAUAGGGGAUUGGCUGAGGCUAAGCAAUAAUCUCUGGCCUUGCUGAAGUGGCCGGACGUGUGCUGAGAGCG